AUGAUACUCGUACCUGCGGGCACGGCAAACUACUUGCAGGGCAACAGCAGUCGCGCAGCCAUCUGCAUCGCCUGGGAGGUGAUGGCAGAGCACUUGCAGUACUGUGCCAGGCGGAAGGCCUCGCUGGCGCGAACAGCGGAUUUGAGGCCCGGGCCCCAGGAAGGACGCAGGCUGCUCAUGCGGGUGGCCCACACAGAACGGGUGCCCCCGCACGCCACGCCGGACAUGUGCACGCGGGGAGGCCCACGCGACCCCAGGCGUGCAGAACGACUCCACUCCCGAAGCGUGCGAAGAUGUGGGUCGGCCGGCUGGCACACCACGGCUAGCUGGGCCGGGCUGGGGCUCGUCCAGCGCUGCCAGGAGCCAGGCGGAGGGGAGCGCUCCGCUGCCAGGACACGGGAAGGUGGAGUACACCGCUGCCAGGACCCUGCGCGGUGGAGCGUACCUCUGCCAGGACCUUGCGCCGGGCGCCCCGCCAUCCCGGUCGCCAUUCUUGUCCUCUGUCCCUGCUCUGCGUUCCCGUCCGCGCGUUCCCAUCCCCGCCUCUCCGCGGUGUCUCCGGCCUCGCCCGCCCGCCCAGCCACCCGUGCGCCCCUUGUCCGCGCCCUCCUCGAGGGCCCCGCCGCCGCCGCCGCCCUGGCGCUUCCCGGGGGCCCCGCGGAGGCCGCCUGCGCCCUGUGCCAGCGUGCGCCCCGCGAGCCGGUGCGCGCCGACUGCGGCCAUCGCUUCUGCCGGGCGUGCGUGGUGCGCUUCUGGGCCGAGGAGGACGGGCCCUUCCCGUGUCCCGAGUGCGCCGACGACUGCUGGCAGCGCGCCGUGGAACCCGGCCGCCCGCCGCUCAGCCGCCGCCUGCUGGCGCUUGAGGAGGCGGCCGCGGCGCCCGCUCGCGACGGCCCGGCCUCGGAGGCGGCGCUGCAGCUGCUGUGCCGCGCGGACGGGGGCCCACUCUGCGCCGCUUGCCGCAUGGCCGCGGGGCCCGAGCCGCCCGAGUGGGAGCCCCGCUGGAGGAAGGCGCUGCGCGGCAAGGAGAACAAGGGGUCUGUGGAGAUCAUGAGGAAAGAUCUGAACGAUGCUCGGGACCUGCAUGGCCAGGCUGAGUCUGCCGCUGCUGUGUGGAAGGGACACGUGAUGGACCGGAGGAAGAAGGCUCUGACUGACUACAAGAAGCUUCGGGCCUUCUUUGCUGAGGAAGAGGGGCGCUUCCUGCAGGAGGCAGAGAAAGAGGAAGGGUCCCCUGAGGAUGAGGACGAGGACCCGGCAGAGAGGUUCAGGUCCCUGCUGCAGGCUGUGUCAGAGCUGGAGAGGAGGCAUCGCAACCUGGGCCUCAGCAUGCUGCUCCAGUGAUGUGCUGUCUGCCCAGGCACCAGGCAGAGGAAGCUUGCUUCACCCCUGGCCUGAAGCAGCUCCUCCAUCCGCCUCCUUCUGGACCCCCUUGUCAUCUUUCAAGACACCCCCUCGCCCUGAGUGUCUUCACUUAGGUGUAGAUGUGGCCUGUGAACUGUAGAUGCCCGCCUAGGGUUGUUCAAGACAGUGCUCCUGAGAAGAGUGUUUGUGUUCCCUUCUCCUCUGGGUGUUCAUGUUUCAAGGAUGUAAACAUUUCACUGUAGAGGUCUGUACUGAGGGUAAGUUAACCCGAGUAUGUCCUGCCUCCAUAAAGCUCUUUUCACUGCCCCAA